AGGGCAUAGCAAUGAGCCUAUCUAUCCUUAAAACCUAAUCAAGUACUCUUUGUCCUUAGCCAACAAACCAUAUACAAUACAACAUUGUCCAUAAUGCCUGCCCAUUUCAGUUUCCUUCAUAAAAAAUCAAGGGUCGGUGCCACUUAAAAGUCUCUCUUUUUCGUUGUCAAAAAGAUGCCAUCUCCACCCAAAACUCCCAUCUUUUCUCUCUUAUCAUUGCUCUCAUUUCCCAUGUUUUGCUAACUUCAUACUCUUUUUCUUAAAAGCUCUCCCUUUGGGAGCUGAUUUGGGUGUGUUCAUGCAAAGCUUCGUCCUUGGUUACUCCCAUUUUCAAAUGAAACUGUUUUGAUGAUUGAAGAACAGCUGGGGAAAAAAGGUAUCAUCAAUUGGAAUUGAUCUUUUCAUUGAAGUGAAAGAUCCAGGAAGAAAAAAAAAAGAACACCCAAAAGGACAUGUUUUUUUUUUUGAUACCUUGGCAAUGGCGUCCAAAGACACAUUCGGCUUUGGACUUUGUUAUUUACGCUGGUUGGGAAACUUGAGAUGUUGAAAUUGGAAUUUUUCUGUCUAACAACAAAAGAAAAAAAAAAGAAAAAACAAGUUACAUUUUUUGACAGCUCUUUCUUCUUGUUCUUGGUGGUAUCAAAUUUUGUGGAACUCUUUCUUUCAGAAUCCGAGUCGCCAUUUAAAGAAAAAUUUUCGAUUGUUAUAACCUCAUACAAGGAAAAAAAAAUCAACAUUUAUCAUGGCCAAAAGAUCGAAUAGGCACCCUGUGCGAAAUGAGAAAGGACAGUUAGGCUGUAUGUGGGGCUUGAUUAGUAUGUUUGACUUCCGCAACGGGAGAUCAACUCAGAGACUGCUUUCCGAUAGAAGGCGAGGGAACAAGAAUGCAGCUGUUGGUACAGGAAAUUCGGGAAAUAAACUUGACAUGUUGACUAGUUCUGGUGAGAAAUGUCCUAGAACUCGUGAUGGUGAAGAGAAAGGAAAAGUGGCCAAUGCAUGUAACCCGAGUGUGAAGAAACUUCUUGAAGAAGAAAUGUCGGGAAAGCAAGUUGUGAAGAAUGAGGUAAAUAAUACUGAAUUUGAAGCAAAGCAGUUUGAUUCUGUGCAAGGAGACGAUGGAAGGAAGAACCGGAAAAGAAAAAACAAAACUCGCAAGAAAAGUUCCGGUACCAGUCUUGAUAUAGAUGCUGCUGAGAACCUUUUAUCUGAAGUGUCGUGUCAGGAUAAAUCCGAGCAACCACAAACUACAAGCAGUCUUGAUAUGGACAGUCUAAUGAAAGAGUUUAGUCGGCAAAUUCAUCGGAAAAGAAUCAAUCGUGUGAAUCAUGACCAGCCUGCUGAAGGUCAUAUGCAGCCCAACCCGAAGAGCUCUUGUUUCGAAGAAAGGUUAAGUGAGGUAAUAAAGUUCUUAGUGAGUCAGAAGCUUAUCGACAGGAAUCAACUUACUGAAGAUGGGGAACUCCAAGCCUCGAAAGAAGUCAUGGAUGUGCUUCAAAUUUCGAGUUUAGAUGAGGAGUUGUUUUUGAAACUUCUACGAGAUCCAAAAUCGUUGGUGAAAUAUGUUCAAAACAUGCCAGAUUCUCAGUUAAAAGAUGAAGAAUCUAAGCCUCGUGCUGUGUCCAAGUUUUCUCACAAUAUUCAUGUUGGUUUAAGACAAUUAAAUGAGCCUGUUAAUACAAAACAACGUAAUUUCUUUAGAAGAAAGUCGAAGUCUCAAGAUGGCAAUAACAUUUCUGAAGCUUCUAGUAAAAUCGUUAUUUUGAAGCCUGGGCCGAUAACUUCUGAAACUGGAAGCAGCUUUGGAUCAUCACCGGAAUCUCGGUACACCGUAAGACCUAAAAAGCCGAAUGAGAAAGUUGGUUCCCACUAUUUUCUUUCUGAAAUCAAAAGAAAGUGGAAACAUGCCAUGGGAAUAGAGCAAAAAAGAAACCCCACCGAUGGUAUAUCCAGAAGAUUAUCAAGCGAGCAACAAAGGUCAGGGAACAAUGGAGGAGUUAAGGAACAUAUUGGGAUGAGUUCUCCAACUAAAGAUCACUUCUUUAUCGAAAGAAUCGCGAGCCCAUCUUUCGGUGUCAAAAAAGGAGAAAAGCCAAGCAAGCUAAAAGGCUUCGAAUUAGGCACAGAAUCUGAGACUACUGACUUUUCCCGGCAUUAUAACCUCUAUAUCGAGGCGAAGAAACAUCUAUCUGAGAUGAUACUAAAUGGGGAUGAAAAUGUGGAUCUUUCAUGCCAAAAGGUUUCUAAAUCCUUGGGGAGGAUUCUUUCUCUUCCGGAGUAUAACUUGUCCCCUUUUGGCAGCCCCAGGAGGAACUCAGAAUCUAGUUUUACAACUGCACAGAUGAGAUUUACUGGCUGUGACAAAUUCCAGAAUGUGAAUGAAAACGAUCAGCAAAACUAUGUCAGCCAUCUAAGUCAAGUAACAGCAGAGGAACCGGAGAGCCAGCUUUGCUUUUCGGAUGACAAAGCCAGUGAUGAAGUCCAAGGUGGUGUGAAUAUUGUUGAAGAUGACAAUAUGGUUCUGGGGAAAAGCAAGCUGUCGGAUGCUUCUUUUGAGACAAGCGGCUCUUCAAUUAGUAGAGAUGACGAUACACCUGAAGUUUGCAUUGAACAACAAUAUCCUGAAUGCUUGAAAGAGGAUUCAUCUGAAGUGGAUCAUCAGCUGUUUUCUCCAUUACAGUCUCCACCAAAUUCAUUAGUCACCAAAAAGGUUGAAGGUCUAGAGAGUGUUAAUGAUACACAGGAGCGGCCAAGUCCUGUAUCUGUUCUUGAGCCAAUAUUCACCGAUGAUGUUAUCAGCCCGUCCAGCAUCAGAUCACGAUCUGGUGAAACAACCAUACAACCACUAAGAAUUCGGUUUGAAGAACAUGGAUCUAUAGCCGCUAAUCAAAGUAAUUGUAUCACAACUUGUGUGGAUGAUGAGGAAUCGAUAUUCGACCACGUAAAAGCCUUGCUGCAACCCUCAACCUUCAACUGGGAUGAACUCUACAUCAGGUCACUUUCUUCCGAACUGCUCCUUGACCCAAUGCUGCUUGACGAGGUAGAAUACUUCCCAAGCCAGCUUUGCAACGACCAAAAGCUGCUCUUUGACUGCAUUAAUGAAAUUCUCAUGGAGGUUUGCGGGUACUAUUAUAGUUCCCUGGGCGUCUCAUUUGUUAAACCUAAAAUCCGUCCAAUCCCGAACACGAAAAACACCAUUCAAAAGGUCUGGGAAGGAGUACACUGGCAUUUGCUCCCGAUGCCGCUACCUCGGACCUUGGACCAGAUAGUCAGAAAAGACAUGGCUAAGACAGAAACAUGGAUGGACCUCCAACUCGACACUGAUUGUAUCGGCUUUGAGAUGGGUGAAGCCAUCCUUGAAGAUUUAGUGGAAGACACCAUAACAGGUUACAUGAGUGAAGCUCUUGGAGGUGAAUGUAAUGCUGAAGAACUACAACACUAACAUAAAUAAACCUGUAAAAGGCAACUGAUCACGAUAAAUCCGAGUCGGAGAAAAGCAAGCUAAUCGAGUCCUCUUCAUCACAACAACGGCUGGUGACACCUUGACAACCAAAAAAUGUUGUAGUCCAUGGAUAACCAUUAACCCAGGAGAUCAUACAAGCAGCUAAGAGAUCCUUCUGCAACUGCUCCUCACAAGAAUUAACAAGAAACACCUGACUUCAGAGGCCUUUAUCGACUAUAGAACUACAUCCAGAUCGGUGCAUUUGUCCGGGUACGAGUCAUGAAUAGCUGUUAUUGCUCAUUGUAGAGUUUGGUGUUUGUUUUUAGUUACGUUGAUAAUGGUGUGUUCUUUAGUUUGAUUGAUUUCAUUCAUUCUUGGGGUUUGGUUAAACUAGUGUUUCUUGUAUUUGUGUGCUUGGGUAUCUAGAUUUGUGUCUUUAUGGCACAUUUGGUAAUGAGGUAGGAUUUCAUAUGUUAUAUAUGAGUUAAUUUCAAUCAA